UAUCGUGGUGCACUCAGUUGAACCUUGGACGCCGCCGCGAUAACCGGCGCGCGCUGCUCGUACUUACACAAUACGCCGCCCGAGGGUUAUCGAGACAUUGUAAGUUUUGUAACAGUGUUGUGCAACAUUGAAGCCGGUGAAUCGUGGUGUUUUGGAACUGACCCUCCAGUCGAACAGUGGUGGGUAUGACAAGCUAUUUCAUUGCGAUUACUAAAGGCAACUGCACACAUGAGCACAAAAUAGGCUGUGACGAAAAUGGGCACGCGAAAGAAAGGUGUGCGCUCGCGGCUUGCAGAGGAAAUUUACGCGUACUGCGCGUUUUGGAUCGCGCUCUCUGCAUUACCCGCUUUAGCUAUAUCUUAUGUCGUGGUGAGAGUAAGCAAGCACUUAUGGCUGAAGCUGCUGUCGAGCCGGUACCCUGGCUUGGAGUUCAUCAGAACAGAUACUGUGCGGUCGCUACUCGACACACAUAGGAACCAGGGCAUUAUCAACGUACUACUUUCUAUUAAAGGCACUCCAAACGCUGAAGACAUAAAGCAGCAGCUCAUCGACCACGUGAUCAACAGACGGGACAAGAACGGAGAUGUCAUGUUCCCACGACUGAGGCACCAGCUGGUGUCGUGCUGGGGCAACUACGCGUGGGACGCCAGUCAACCCUUCAAGCCUGAGAACCAUCUGAUCGUAGCCACGGCUGUGUACAGGGGAAGACCUGUGUCUGACAAUAACAUACAGGAUUACGUCAGCGAGAUAGUAUCAAAAUACUUCCCCAGUGAACAGCCACCAUGGCAGUACAUUAUCAUCCCCUGCAUGUCGCCGGAGCCAAAAUACUACGUGUUAGUGCGAGUCCACCAUCUGCUCCUCUCUGGAGAGCGGUCUAUCAACAUCGGCGACUUACUCCUCAUGGAACAACUACCCCAAAGGGAAAGGAUUGAGGAACCCAGCGAGUAUACCCAGCAGAGUCCAUUGGCUAAACUUUUCCCGUCGCCUUCAGCUAUACCCGAGUUGUGGGAAAAAGUCAACGAAAACUUAUCAAACGCGUGGAAUGAGUUCGUCUCGGAAUACGACCCGGUUGAGAGUCCGCGGGCUUUAAAAUCUUUACCAGGGGCAUUUCAUGUAGCCGGUCUGAUAUUGAUAUCGAGUGUGAGCGUGUUGAGGGAACUGACAAAGAAACGCUCGAGCGAAAGACGUGUGAGCUCGGACCCGCCGGUAACCGCUACGACGCUGCUGGCUGCUAUACAGAGAGAAUGCAAGAGGAGGAACUUGACCAUACCAAAGAUAUUGAUCUCACCGCUAGUCACAGCUGACCCUCGCAAAUGGCCGCGCCGUUUAUUUAACGUUGCAUUGACAACCACAAAGUCCAUUAUCAAGCUGCCUCUUCGACUCAGAGACGAGCUGGUUGCACUUAACGAGCUUCGAACCACCGGCCAAGUGAAACAGUUCAAUACAUUAACUUGGCAAUAUGCAGAAAUAGCUCAGCUGUGCGCGCGCGCAGUUAGCGAGGCGUGGCGAGGACUGGUGGAAACUUACAGAGCGCCGUCGAAAUUAUGGGAAGACACGGUUAGGGCGGACGAUGGAAAACGACAUCUGUUGCAGACCGUUUCGUUGUGUGGACGGAAGGUCAUUGCCUGGUCCAGACCCGUGCCCCGUGCGGGCAUCGAACGGGCGGCCCGAGCGCUCGGAGUGUCGUCUACAGACAUAGCUCUCUACGCAGCCACGGACGGGCUUAGGGCAUACUUCGAGCAAGCGCAGCAGGACAAACCAGAGGUUGUUCUGACGACGGCCAGAGCGGCCUCUGAAGACUUUUUGUUCGCAUUCGCAGAAGGCAACGGGAAGAGUUAUAAGAAAUCACAAACGGGUGGUAUGAUCUGCCUAUCCCUACCAAUAGGCGCGACUCCCCGCCGUAUAGCAUCCGUGGUAGAACAGGCCUGCAACCGGCAGACGGCGCUCGCAGGCGCCUGGGCCGCGCAGGCCCGCUGCGGAGCCCUAACCAGGGCGGUGCCUUCGCCCUUCGCGAGACUCACUCUGAACAUGCUGUCGCGAAGAUACGCGGUCUCGUAUGCAGAAAUUAACACGCCGGUGCACGCUUCGCAAAGGACAACGCUUUGGGGACAGACGGUCGAUGCUGUGGUGUAUUGGAGGCCGCCGCAAGCGAAUAUCAGCAUGUCGCUGACAGUAAUCCAGUACGCCGACACCGUCCGCUUGGCCGUCAUGACCGACGCGCGCCUGUCUCCUUCCCACACGGUCCCUGCCCACCGCUGGGCAGUGGCUAUUGACCAGCUCAUCGCGAAGGUAGACCAGGAAAUCGCCAGGAUCGCUGCGCAAGCGCAAGUCCAAACCAUUCCUCUUAUAAUCACGCCGCCAGAACCACAAGAGAUUAAUACUGAACAGGAUGCCCAGUCUGAAGCUUCAACUAGCUCUCUCAGACCGCCUACAGCUGAGGUCGUCAGUCCACCGCCGGUCAGACGACGCAUCGCCAAUAAGUGAAACUAGUUUUAGGUAGUUUAGAUCAUUUUAUAGUGUAAUAAUGCCGAUUCAAUAAAGCUCAUAGCACACAGCAUGAGCCACGAAUCGUUGUAACUUUUUCGUUAUAAAUUAUAAAUAAACGGUUGAAGAAGCGUGGCUCGACUAGAGGUAAUUUAGUAGAGACUUAAAGUAUGUAGUGUGUACCACCACUGUGUACUACAGGCUUUAAGUUGAAUUUUGUGAGAAUAGUAUAGCUAGCUAUGCCACGCCCAAACAACGGGAGUUGGCUAAAAUAAUAUAGUCUUUCAAAUGUGGAUGAUUUUCAGAAUGUGUAUUGAAUUCAUUUGACGUAUAGCAACUUUGUAUAAUAUGAAAUAUCACAGCACUCGUAUAAUCUAAAGUCGUUCUUAUAACCAAAGGUAAACUAUGACAUAAUGUUAAUUAGUUAGGAUUUUAUGCAAUCUUAGUUUUACUUGUGUAAUAUUUUAUAAAUUAUUUCAACGAUUAAAUAUUUUUAUAUUCUA